CAGCCGGCGCGACCGGCUGCUCUUGUUGUGACCAACGCUGCGUGGUCUGCUCCGCACCAUAAGUGUCGUCUGAUGAUCCGGACAACAUCCCCCCGGGAGAAUGAAUAGUGGCAACGGCAACAACAACAACAACAACCCCAGUACGAGGCAAAGAAGUAGCAAUGAUGGAAACGCCAGCGGCCCCGGAGACAAUAACCAUUGGAUACUGUCCCAAGCAGCAGCAAAAGCAGCAACAGCAGCAGCCCGACAAGGAGGCGAAGAAGCAGAGUCGUGCUGCAGCGUAAAGACAUGGACUCGUACGACCUAUUCGGCGAAGAUGUCAGUGGAUCGAUGCUCGACGCUCUUCCCGACCUUGGGCCCAAUGAUCACUUCGACCCUGCCGCAGCAGCCAAUUCCGUUGUCGUAGGCUCGAGAGAUGCCCCCAACGUCCCUGGACCCAAUGCCGGAGGCAAUUACGGCAUUAACCAGUCGUACGGCAUUAACCAGGAAUCCCCCCUGCAGAAAUUAACCUCCUUUGGUGGACCCGAAUUUCAUCCCCAAGGAGCUAAUCCCCUACAGAUUCCAGCGGCGGCGGCAGCGUCCUCGUCAUCACAGCAGCAGCAACAGCAGCAGCGCGGCAUGUUUAAUCAAAAUUUGGGCCCGUUCGAGCCGGGCCCCGGGCCUCAGCAGCGUGGCAUGGUGGUACCGGGGCCUCAGGGCUUUCCGGCCCAGAAUCGAGGCCUCGGCCAGCCGGGAGCUGGCCAACAACAGAGGGGUCCCGGACAUCCGGGUCAGCCAACUCAGUAUCCCAGCUACUCGGACAGUAUGUAUUCGAUGGAGCAGCAGCACCCGAUGGCGCGCUCGAGUCUCGGUAUGGAUCCGAGCAUGGGUGCCUGGCCGGGCCAAGCCGGCGCUUACCCCCAAAUGCAGAGGCAUUACAAUCAGAUGAUACCACAGCCCGGUAGCUACCGUCAGCACAUGCCUCAAUACGGCCACCAGCAGGAGCAGCCGGGCAUGUCUCAACAGCAGCAGCAGCAGCAGCAGCAGCAGCAACAGAAAAUGCAGCAGCAGCAGCAGCACUACUCAGCGCAACAAGGCAUCAUGGGUGGCAUGGGGGUGCCACACCAGCCUCUGCAGUCGGGCUCCAGUGGUGGCAGUUAUCAGCAAAUGCUGGGCCAACAGCAGCAGCCGCAUUAUCAGCAGAACAGUGCUGCUUCGAUGUAUGGGGGCUCCUCUGGUUACCUCGGCUUUGGACCCUCUAUACACCAGCAGCCUCAGCCAUCCCAACAGCAGCAGCAACAGCAACAGUCUCAGCGCAUGUCUCAUCAUCAUCCGUCCCACUCGACUCAUCAGACUCAUCCCUCGCAUCAGCAGUAUCAGACUUUGGGUCAACAUACGCAGCAUCCUCAGCACCCUGUGUCCCAGCAGCAGCCACAGCCACAGCAGCCGCAGCCUAUGGAUCCACAGUAUCCUCAUCGUUCCUCGCAAAUGUUCAAUCAGCCACAGCAUCCUGGACCGACUCCGCAGUACGGUGCUACGAAACAUGCCACGAGUCCGCAGUACAAGGCAUCUUUCCCUCAGCUGUCUCCACAAAUGUCUCCUAGACCUCAGAUGUCCCCUAGGCCACCAGCUGUUCAGCAGCAAAUGUCGCCAAGGCCAAUAAUGUCCCCAGCCAAACCCAGCACACUAUCGCCGCACGGACACGUGCAACACCCCCAUCAACAGCAGCAACAAUCUCAACCGGUAUCGGUAUCUCCGUGCCCACCGACAUCGAUGCCUAUGAGUUCUGCUGCUACCACGCAACAAACGACGCUACAGGCGCUUGAACAAAUGGUUAUACCAGGAGUCUCGGUCUCAAACUCGAAUAUACCUACGCAAGACUACGGUCAGUAUCAGUCUCGGCCACCUUUACCUCAUGCGCCGAAUAUCUUACCGCAGUCGACUGCACAAACUCCCAUGGGACCAGGAAUGACAGGACCUCGUAUGCCGAUGCCAUCGCAGUGGCCACCAGCCCAACACCAGCCUCAACCACAAUCGCAGCCUCAGCCGCCACAAAUUAGGUCGACGAUGAAUCUAAAUGAUGGCCGAAGCUUAAUGGAGCCUCAUCAACAGCAGCAGCCACCACCACUACCAGUCGUGUCCGAACAAAGUUCAUCCCUGUAUCCUAUGAACGGAAGCGAAAGUAUUCACAGUGUAGUGGAAGCCACAACGCGAGAACCAACAGACAUGGUGCCAAGUUCAGUGCACUCCCUUCCACAUCAAUCCCCCAUGCCGGAAAGUGGCAUGCCCGACCAUCCAAUGCCUCACCAGCAACGUCAACAGCACCAACAGCUUUCACCGCAGUACCAUCCACAGCAGCAGCUCCAUCAUCACCAGCAACCGCAUCAAAUGCCGCAACAGCAACACCCGCAAUUGCACCAACCACAUCAGCAAUCUCAUCAACAAACACCAAGUCAAGCCAACCAAGCUAUGAGUGGCCAAGAUUUAUUGAGUCAACAGCAACACUGUGAAAGUCCACUGCAUAGUAGUCCUCAGAUCAAUAAUACUCCGAUUGAACAAUCGAUCGUAAAUCCUUUGCCCAUGGAGCCUGUGCAACCAAUUCCUCCGACUAAUGCGAGUAAUAGUAUUCAGUGCAGUAACGAAUCACUGUUGUUACAGCAGCAACAACCACCAAUCAUUAGUUCGAUGCCUGUGCAAAACGCGGUUCCCAGCGUAGAAAACAAGAUAGCUGAGUCGCACGUAACUGAUCAACAGACGUCGGAAAUAAGUUCGGCAAUUCAGUCUCAGGAUUCGAUUUGCUCGACUCCUCAAAUAUCUCAGCAAUCUUUGGUGAGUCAGUCGCAGUCGCUUGUGUGCUCUCAAUCACCGGUAUUGCAAACGAAUGCUGGUCAGUCUCAAAUGUCCAUGGAUUCAUCGAUCAAUCAAAUUCAAGUUAAUCAAGCUGCCUCGGUGGUUGCUGAUAUCACACAGCCUCAACAGCAGCAGCAGCAUCAACCGAUGGUGUCUACAGCUUCCGAAGUGGUCAGUAAUUCGGAGCAAAUAUCUUCUGCUCUCCCGCAACAAUCUGCACAGCCUGUGGUCAGUCAGUGUCAAGUGACUCAACCCCAAACUUCAGUAUUAGGACAAGCACAGGCGCAGCCUGCCUUGCAGCAGCAAUCACACAUGUCGCAAACACAGCAAGUCAAUGUGUUGUCGCAAAGCAAUGCUCCGACGACUCCUCCUUUGCAGCACGCGCCUAGCCAAUGCCCGACACCGGAUCAGUCGACGCAAAUGUUGCCAUCGAGCCAAAUGACAAACCAAGUCGCGCAACUUCCGACACCAGCGUUGAACCAAUUGACGCCGGUGCAAAGCCUAAGUCCAAACCAAUCGUCGCAGGUUCAGUCGUCGGAUGAGCCACCCGAUCAGUCGAUGCAGGUUCAGCCGAGUCAAAUGCCCGAUCAGUCAACCCAUUUGCACAACCAAGUUCCCGAUCAGUCGACCCAAGUGCAAAGUCAGAUGCUCAUGCAGUCGGCCCAAGUGCAAAAUCAAGUUGCGGCUCCGAUGCCAAUGAGUCAGACGGGUCUGGCUCAGCCACCGGCAAGUAAUGUAGCUGGCGCGCUACAGCCACCAACGCCGCAGCAACAAGUACCCGUGGCUCCUGUGAUUGGUCAAGCGCCGAACGUGCUUCCCGCAACCGUGCCGAGCUCGCAAGUACCUAUGCACCCGGACAACUAUAUAUCCGGGCAACAGCCGGCUUUUGGAGAGUACACGAACAUUCCGAAGACGAAUGGCGUGUAUGCAAAAGACGUGAUCGGGUCGCAGCAAUUGCCACCGCAACCCUAUCUUCCGCCAAGCGAUACCAAUGCUGUGGUCAACAGCACGGGAAUAACCAACAUAGAUUAUAUGACGCCUACGAGUAUACCGACUUCCAUUGCCCCUGGAUUCGCUCCGAAUCUCUUGGCUCCGGUUAGCCAUCACCAAGAGAGAGCUGCUCUGCAACAGCAGCUGCAGGAGCUUUACUGCAUGCCACCGGCACCGGAAACUCAAGAGAAAAUCGUCAAUCUACAAGAGAAGCUCCAAGCUCUGCAGCAACACGAGGCGAACGAUCAGUGCAACGGAGGCUCGCAAUGCAUAUUGCAAUCGCCGCUUUUCACGGCACCCGCCGUCGUGGACAGUCCACAAGUGUCCAGUACAACUGGUAGGGGUCGCAGUAAAGGUAGCUCCAGAUCCAAGAAGAGCAGAAAAAAGGCUGACAAGGAAGCCGAAGCGCCAACUGUUGUCGAGCCGAUGGCUCAGCCUGAGCAGACCAUGUCGGAAAAUCUAGUCACUCCUGUGGACAGCAGUAACAUUGUUGAUAGUGCAGCUGACUCGGCCGAGGACAUGAAACCUUCGUCCGGUGGUGACGUGGAGGAAGAGUGGGCCACAAAGAGCAAGAAAGCAAGACCACCGAGAAAACCGCGAAAACCGAAGGAACCCAAGGAGCCGAAAGAACCAAAAGUUAAGAAGGAAAAGGAGUUGAAGGCACCCAAGGAACCUAAAACGCCAAAAGAGUCAAAGCCGAAGAAAAAGAAGGACAGCAAAGGAUCAGCAUCCAAAAAUGGUAGUAAAAAGAAGCUAAAGUCGGAAUCCGGAGACGAAGAGUCAAAAUCUGUGAAUGAAGAAGUUGCGUCGUCCGACUCGAUGGGCGUCAAAGACUCCGAAGCAAAGCCAAGUUCUGUCCCUGCUGAAGAUGACAAUGAGCAAGUCGAUUCGUCAACAGUUGAACCCAUAGAGACAGAGUCGAAACAAAGUGACGAAAAGUCCGAGUCUGAAAAAACUAUUGGGGACGAAGAGAAAAAGGAUGAACAGGACGGUCAAGUAACCGAUACUCCGGUAGCUGCGAAGAAGAAAACCCCAAGUCGUAAAAGGCCUAGUAAAAGUUCUUCCUCGAAAUCUCCCAGAAGCUCGAAGAAGCGAAAAAGCCGUAUAGCGCCGGAUUCCGAUGGUGAAGAAUUGGCAGCCACUCCUCCCCCUUCGCCCGAGGCUGACGAUAACAAGAGAAGAUCAGCAAGAAAUACGCAUCGUAAAAAGUACGUCGACGAUGUGAUGCUUCGGUUUUCUGACGAUGAACUACCUAAUCAAGAUUCGCAAAAUAAUAAGACUGACGGUAGUGGUGCCACUAAAACUUCAUCUGAUAAAAAACCCGAAGGCGGUGACAUUGGGCCGAAUAAGCCAAACUUUGUAUAUAUUAACACUACCGACGAAGAUUCGAUGGUUGUUCAGUUUAUUCUAUGCUCGCGUAUGGGUAAAAGAGAACUUAAGCCUCAACCAGCAUCAGAAAUCAAACCAGAACCAGAGAAGACUGAUGAAGGAGAAACCAAGCCUGAAAAAGAUAAAGAUAGCGAGGAAAAAGAUAGUGAGGAAAAAGACAAGGAAACUAGUGUCGUCAAAGAUGAGACUGAGCCUGAUACAGAAGAAAAGAAGGAAGAAACAAAAGAAAAUGUGGAAAAUGAUGUCAAAGAGGAAGAAGAAAAAGCAGAAGUAAAAGAAGAAAUUGACCAAGAAGAAAAAGAAAAAGAAGUAACGAAAGAAAAUGAAGACAAAGAAAUAUCUGAUACGAUUGAUCCACAGGUAAAAGAUGACGAUGCUAAUGUUGAUAACGGCGUUGUUGUUAGUGUUGAUGGUGGUGGCGAUAUUGAAAAAUCUGGUGAGACCGAAGGUGAUACCGUUAGUAAUAAUGAUGAAAAUGAUAAAAAGACAAGCCAUGAUAAUGAUGAUCAUGAAGAUGACGAUAAAAAAUCCGAUGAAAAAGUCACCCUUGAAGUUGCUAAAGUAGACUCGACAGUUUCUUCGGACGUUAAGCCCCAAAUGAUUGAAGUUGAGGAAUACUUUGUUAAAUACCGAAAUUUUUCGUACUUACACUGUGAAUGGAAAACCGAAGAAGAAUUGUACAAAGGUGACAAGAGAAUACAGGCAAAACUAAAAAGAUUUAAGCAAAAAAUGCAGCAAAACACGAAUAUAUUUGAAAAUACGGAGGACGAUCCGUUUAAUCCAGACUUUGUUGAAGUUGAUAGGGUACUCGAUGAGGCUGAGCAUACUGAUCCGACAACUGGCGAAACUGUCAGGCACUUUUUGGUAAAGUGGCGAGCUUUGCAAUACGAAGAUUCCACGUGGGAAUUAGAGGAAGAUGUUGAUCCAGAAAAGAUAGCACAGUUUCAUAAGUUCAAUAAAGUUCCUCCGAAAGAUCAGUGGAAGCCGAAAAAGAAGCCAGCCGCAUCACAGUGGGUCAAGCUAGAAGAAUCUCCUGCUUACAAGGCAGGCAACACUUUAAGGCCGUAUCAGUUGGAAGGCUUGAAUUGGCUUCUUUUUUCUUGGUAUAACGGACACAAUUGCAUUUUAGCGGAUGAAAUGGGUUUGGGAAAAACCAUACAAUCUUUGACAUUUGUAAACGAAGUUUACAAGUACGGAAUUCGAGGACCAUUUUUAAUUAUUGCGCCACUAUCGACGAUCCCGAACUGGCAACGAGAGUUCGAAGGUUGGACUGACAUGAAUGUUAUUGUUUAUCAUGGAUCAGCCGCUAGUCGAACAAUGCUUUCUGAGUACGAGGUGUAUUACAAAAAUGAAAAGGGUCAACAGAUCAAAGACCUUAUAAAAUUCAAUGUUCUUAUAACGACCUUUGAAAUCAUUAUAACCGAUUUUAACGAAUUAAAAGGCUACAACUGGAGAUUAUGCGUCAUUGAUGAAGCUCAUAGAUUGAAAAACAGAAAUUGCAAAUUACUCGAAGGUCUUAGACAAUUGAAUUUGGAACAUCGAGUUCUUCUAUCUGGCACCCCGUUGCAAAACAAUGUCAAUGAACUGUUUUCCCUGUUGAAUUUCCUUGAACCUAAUCAGUUCUCCAGUAGCGAAGCAUUCCUUAAAGAAUUUGGUAAUUUAAGUAGCGAAGACGAAGUGCACAAAUUACAAGUUCUUUUGAAGCCAAUGAUGUUGCGAAGGUUAAAAGAAGAUGUAGAAAAAUCGCUUGCUCCAAAAGAGGAGACAGUUGUCGAGGUUGAACUGACGAAUAUUCAAAAAAAAUACUAUCGUGGUAUUUUGGAGAGAAAUUUCUCGUUUCUUGCCAAGGGCACAACUUCUGCCAACAUUCCUAAUUUAAUGAAUACCAUGAUGGAGUUGCGUAAAUGUUGCAUUCAUCCGUUCUUACUUAACGGAGCAGAAGAUCAAAUUCAGCUUGAUUAUAAACAUGAAAAAGAAGAUUCCGAAGCCUACUAUCAAGCUUUGGUCAAUAGCUCAGGCAAAAUGGUACUGAUGGACAAACUCUUGCCAAAAUUAAAAUCUAGCGGCCAUAGGGUUCUGGUUUUCAGUCAAAUGGUUCGAUGUUUGGAUCUUCUCGAAGAUUAUUUAGUUUAUAAAAAAUAUCCAUAUGAAAGAAUUGACGGAAGGAUUCGUGGAAAUUUAAGACAAGCUGCCAUCGAUCGGUAUAGUAAACCAGAUUCUGAUAGAUUUGUGUUUUUAUUGUGUACAAAGGCUGGUGGUUUGGGAAUCAAUCUAACGGCAGCUGAUACUGUCAUUAUUUAUGACAGUGACUGGAAUCCUCAAAAUGAUCUACAAGCUCAAGCCCGAUGUCACAGAAUUGGACAGCAAAAAAUGGUUAAAGUGUACAGAUUGUUAUGUCGUAACACGUAUGAAAAAGAAAUGUUUGACAAAGCUUCUUUGAAACUUGGCUUGGAUAAGGCUAUAUUACAAUCAAUGAACACCAGUCAAGGCGGCAAAGAUCCAAAUAACAGACAGUUAACUAAAAAAGAAAUUGAGGACUUGUUGAAAAAAGGAGCUUAUGGUGCGAUCAUGGAUGAUGAUAACGCUGGCGAUAAAUUCUGUGAAGAGGAUAUCGAUGUAAUUCUGUCGAGAAGAACACAAAUCAUAACAAUUGAAGCAGAAAAAGGAUCCACUUUUUCAAAAGCUAGUUUUGCGUGUUCAUCAAAUAGAUCUGACAUUAAUAUUGAUGAUCCAGAUUUUUGGAAGAAGUGGGCGAAGAAAGCCGAAAUUGACACUACCGAGAAAAAAGAAGAAGAGGAUUUGGUUAUCUCGGAACCCAGAAGAAGAACUCAAAUUAAACGUUAUGGUCACGAUGAAUCUGUUGUAGACAUGUCAGAAUUGGAUAGUUCUGAUGAAAGUGACGACGAAUUGGGCGGCAAUUUAUCAGGUAGAGGCAAAAAAAGGAGUAGAGAUAAAUUUGGAAAGAAAUCACGCAAGUUUGGCGACGAAUACAUACCUCGAGAAGGAGAAGUGGUUUAUGGCAACUGGGCACGUAGCGAAUGCUUCAAAGUAGAACGAGGACUUUUAACUUUUGGAUGGGGCCGUUGGGAGGAAAUACUGAUGCACGCUCAACUCAGAAAAGGAUGGCGCGAGUCUGAUAUCGAAGACUGUGCUCGAGUUAUAAUAAUAUAUUGCUUACGUUUUUAUCGAGGCGAUGAAAAGAUUCGCAAUUUCAUCUGGGAUCUGAUAACGCCUAUUGAAAACGGAGAAAAGAUUAAGACCAUACCGCUAAACCAGGUUGGUAAUGGAAACAAAAACAAUAAGCAAAAGAAAAAAAACAGUAGAGUCAGAGAGACGAGAGGUUCGGCUAACAAUACCUCGAUAAUGAAUAACAAUGGUUCAAUUGAUCCCAAUCACUGGAGCAACGCUGAGAAAUAUGAUGGAGAUAUUUUUUUGGAAAGCACCUAUAAAAAGCACCUUGGUCGUCAUGCCAACAAAGUAUUACUUCGAGUUCGUAUGCUUUAUUACAUAAAGCACGAAAUCAUCGGAGAUUUAGUUCAGCAUAUCAACGACGGUGUUCACGUGAGUGCGUUGCGGCUAAGCCUGCCACAAUUACCAGAGAAGCCAGUGAAGUGGUGGGAUUCGACGUCUGACAAGUCAUUAGUCGUGGGCUGCUUCAAGCAUGGCUAUGAGAAUUUCGACCAGAUGAGGAGCGACCCCACGCUCUCAUUCAUUGCAACUUGUCCUCUCCCUCCCCCGACCGAAAAGCCAAAGGAUGACAGUGGUAUGGAAAUUACUGAAAUCGAGGAGGGAGAAUCAAUGGCCACAGGCAAAGAAACAGGAGUGAACUCGCCGGCAGUGUCAAGCAAGUCCGACACCACUGUGGUGGAUGCCGGUGCCAGUGGUGGUCAUGAUGGCUUGGAGAUAAUCACGGAGGACGAAAAGACCUGGCCUUCAGUGAACGACCUUAACACGCGCCUAAGACGUGUCAUCACUUCGUAUCAGCGCAACAUCAAUAAGAAGGAUGACUUUAAAACACAAAUUAUGCCAAACAACCAAAUGUCCAAGAUCAAUCAAGAAAUAAAAAUAGUUAACCAGGGGUGCAAUAUGUCCUCGUCCUCGUCUGCAGCCACUACCACCACUGCCGCCACCGUCAACACAAAUACUGCAAUGGAGCCACCCUUAAAUAUGCAAAGUUGGGACUUACAAAAAUUGGCCAUGUAUCUCUUGAAAAUGGAGAGGAAAGAAAAAAUGGAUCAAAUGGUCAAAGAUCGCGAACGAACGCGCAUCGAAGAGCAAAAGGCAAAAUGGACAAAGCGCGAGGAAAGCGACUUUCUACGAGUUGUAUCGACUUACGGUGUAAACUACGAUCGCAAAAAGGCUCAGUACGAUUGGACAAAAUUCAAGAGCCUUUCUAGAUUUGACAAAAAGAGCGACAGUGAUCUCACUGACUAUUACUUGUCCUUUAGAGCAAUGUGCAAAAAAGCGUGUAGUGCUAAAAUUAGCGAAGAAGAAGGCUCAGCUGACAUCCCAAUAGACCUCUUGAGUCCUGGUAGGGCUCGACAAAUCUUGGAUCGGGUGGAUUUACUGAGCAAAAUUCGAGAAGAGAUACUGUCGCAUCCCCAUUUGGAAGAGCGGCUUUGCUUGUGUAAACAAUCGGGUGAUACACCAGAUUGGUGGCAACCUGGUAAGCACGACAAAGAACUCUUACUUGGAGCUGCCAAGCAUGGUCUUGGUCGAACGGAUGUUACGAUCCUAAACGAUCCUGAUUUCUCGUUUCACAAGAUGUUAAGAAAAAACAUCUAUGCUGAUAGUCAAUUUAGUAAAAAUCUCGACAAAAUAGAAAAAGCUAUUAAAAUUGAAAAUAGAGAGGAUAUUUUAAAGUUCGAUAAAGAUGAAAUUUUAGUUAAAUUAGAGAAAGGUGAGGGUACGCUAAAAAUAGAAAAAGUAGGCAUUAAAAAAGACGCAGCUCAAGCAGAUAAGAAACCGGAUGUUGGCAAAAGUCAAGUGGAAUUGACUAUUGUUAAGUCUGAAAGUAACAAUAAAAUUGAAGAGAAGCACGUCACGGCCGGAGGCUUGACCAUCACGACUGUGAUGACCAAAGCUGUUACUCCAGAAAAGGAAAUACUUGAAGUCAAAGCGGAACAAAAACCUACUGAAGAGAGCAAAGAAGAAAAUAUAGAAGAAAAAGUAGAAAGAAAAACAGAGGAGGAUGUUGUUGACAAAGACAAAUCUGAAGUUACUGAUGAAAAUAAUAAAACGUUGGAUGACAAAAAGGAUGAGAGUAAGGUAGACAAAGAUGAAACUAUGGAAAAAGUUGACGAGAAAGAAGAAAAAUCUGAUGUUCCAACGAGCAGUUCUGAACAAGCGAAAGAUACCGAGAACAAAGAUGUUUCGGAACAAGAAACAGAAAAACCAGAAAUUUCAGGAAUAAGUAAAAAAGAUGAUGUGAUGGAAGUUGAAGAAGAGGAGAAAAAAGUCGAUGAAAAGAAAGAACAAGAUAGUACUGUUCAGGAUGUUGAAAAAGAAGAUAAAGAGAAUGAAAGUAAAGAUAAGCCAAAAGUUGAAAGUCCAAUGGAAGAAAAGCAAUCGUCUGAGGAUGGAACCGACAAAAAAACUACUGACACUAUCACAGCAUCUGUAUCAAAUGAAGAAAAAGAAGAAAAAAUGGAGGAAGACAAAGUAAAGGAAAAAGAUAGUGAUGGAAGUACGGAAAAGGCAAAGGAUGAAGAAAAAGAGAAAAUAGUCGAGCUAGAAAGGGAGAAGGAAAAAGAGGAUGUAAAGCAAAAAGAAAGGGAAAAGGAAAAACUUGUCGAGCCCAUUAAGGAGAAAUUGUCUUUGUCUAAAAUCGAUGAUAAAUGUAGUAUGCAAGCAGCUGAAUUGAAAGCAAUGUUCCCAGAUUUGGAAGUUAUUCAGCCGUUAUCGCGAUUGACGCAAAUCGAUACAUUUGUAUUAAGAGAUAAAGGGACGGAUUAUAGUAAUGAGCCCACUGUAGCUCAACUUUUAUCACACAACUAUCCGUCUUUAGUUAAGUGGCCCAAGGAGCAUGCCAUUGAAGCUCGCUUGAUGCACAUCGUGCACGCCAUCGAACACAAAGAAUGGCCCGUUUCCGUGAAUUUCACCGCUGGUGAUGAAAUUGAGCCUGUAAUGGAAAAAGAACCAUCCGAAAUUAUUACUAUCACCACUGAUCACGGAAUCCCACGCCCUAUUGCUACAGGUCUUCAUAAUAGUCUUAGUAGCAAUAUUACUAUUAGCAACAUUAGUAAUGUCAGUAACAGUAUACCCGUUACUUCCAUUGGUAACAAUAUAAGCAUCACCAGUGUUAGCAGUAACAAUAAUUCUUCUGCUUUAAAGAAACGCAAAAGACACAUAGCCAUUGACGUUGAAACUGACAGAGCUAAGCUUCAUGCUUUAUUAAAUAGUAGUCACAUGUCGACUCCACCGCCCCCACAACUAAGUAAGCCUAUGUUAUCUAGCAAUACUACUGACGACUCGCAAACUGAAGAUUCCAGACGAUCACUAACUUCCCAGCCACCUCCAGCUCAUCAACAGACGAGAGUAGCAACUAUACCCUUUGACUUGCAAUUUACUGUGCCUGGAAAACCUACUGUGAUUCCUGGCACGUCGAGUACCCUAACACCUAUCGAUUUAUCAUCUGGGUAUUCCUCCAAACCACUUACUGACCAUAGCAAUAAAGAUAUAAUGAAUGAAGUUCAAGACUUUUCUAUGCCAAGCAAGUCCAAACAAAUUAGUAGUAAUAAAGGAAAACUGGAUAGCAUGUUGGAUAAAUUUGUAAAAAGAAAAAAUAUUACUGUGGAAGAACCUGUCAUUGGAAAAGAAAAGAAAAGAAGAAAACUAGAUGAGAUCGUACAGGGCUUGCAAAGAGAAAAAGAACAGCAAAGCACACAUUAUCCUGAGCACAGCAAAAAGGGUACAAUCACUCCUAACGUAACCGUGACUCCAACUUCGGCACCUAUUGGUCUACCAAAUCCAUCAACUUCGCAAAAACCAUUUUCGAUUACCGUGACUUCAAUUCCAUCAACGCGAUCCGGAAGUUCAUCCAGUCAGCUACCUCCACCAUCAUUUCACUCGCACAAAGAUAGCUUUUCUGCUCUCUUUGCUCAGGCUGAGCAGCAGAACCGAGAACUCGUUAAAAAGCAGCAGCAGCAACAACAACAACAACAACAACAACAACAACAACACCACCAGCAACAACAACAGCAACAACAUCACCAACAGCAACAGCAACAAGCCGCAUAUAACGCGGCACACGCUGCUUCAUCGUCAAGCCAUAGGAAGAGCUAUGAAUCGAUGAUUGCCGAAAUAAACAAAGUUGCCGAAUAUUCCUCUAAAAUUGGUGCUUACUCUCAUGAAGCCAAAGUCAAUAAGUGGCUGGCGGAACAAACAGCCUUGCCGGAUCCAAUCAGUGCGGAAUAUCUCAAUGCACCAAGAAGAAGGAGACCUCGAGUCGACCCAACUUUGCUCGAUUGGAAAAAACUAACCGGCGAAGAAAAUGUGCCUGUGAUAAAUAGAAUGACCGGAAAAAAGGUGACGGGAAGUAAUAAAGCACCACAGCUCAAACGGCUCGGGCAAUGGUUGAUGGAAAAUCCCAUGUUCGAUGUCGAUCCAAAGUGGGCGGAUCUUGUUAAAGAAAGAGGUAAUUUGCCUCACGAGAUGCAGCAAAAGAGGGUUUCGGGACAAGAUAGAGGAAGAGAUAAUAAGGGAAAGAGUCCUGGCAGGCCUCCCAUGAUGUCGGGUUCGAACAACCAACAAUCUGUAAAUCAAGCUAAUCUGGCUGCGACAUCGAUGGCUUCUGGUCUAAAUUUCCCUGGACUGGGCAAUCUCAACAAUUCCCUUUUGUCGGGCUUGUCACUGGGCAACUUUGAUCCAAAGAAUAACCCACUGCUGAUGCCGUUUGGUGGUCUGCCCAAUUUGGGUGCACUCGGCGGCCUCGGCAAUCUCGGUAAUCUCAGUAACAUGAGUCUCACGAAUUCGCUCUUUGCUAAUCUCGCCGGAUUGGGUCUUCCCUCAUUAAGCGGAAUGGAGGCCUUAGGUGCCACGGCAACGAGUCAAGCGGAAACGAACGUCGUUAGCUCGGCUGGUACCCGCAACUCAAACACAACAAGCACCUCUAGUACAAGCAAGUCGCGUACGAAAAUGGAUCCUCCUACUAGCAAAUCCUCCGCGCCAUCAACUUCGACAUCCUCGUCUUUACCGACGACUACGCCUUUUCCUUUUUUCUUCCCGAAUCCUGGACUGCUCUACACGCCACUCGGCCUCGGCGCCCUUAACCCAUUCUCCAUGCAGCCCGGCGGCGUUUCGUCGGCAUACGAGAGCUUGGCGCAAUGUGGCCUACUAAAUCCACCAACCUCGAGCGCCGGAACGACAUCCUCGACGCGCAAAUCUGGUUCGUCUUCUGGUUCCACCUCGAUUAGUGCCAGCAGACACAGCAGGGACGUCGCUGAGGCCAUGAAGCGCAAAGAGUCGGAUAAGAAGUCGAGGUAUCCCUCGGUGGAUCCAUCUUUCACUCUGCAGUAUUCGGAUCCGGCUUUGCUUGCUGCUGCUGCCGCAGCCGCCUCCGAGGAGCGACGACGUUCAACAGCGGCCAGCUCUGCCGCCGCCGCUGCCGCUGCCGCUCACGAGCGAGCUGAAACUGAGAAAAGAACAAUCAUGGAAACAAUAGAGCUCGGCGACAUCGCAGAUCUGUCAGCACGAAUCGAGCGCAAGACCAAAGAGCAAGAGAUGAAGGAGGCCCUGGAGCAUCUGAGUAAGACCAGUGCGGAGCUGUUUACGAGAAAUAUCGAUAGCCUGCACGUCUCGGCAAAACGAGUCCGCACUCCAGACAGACAUGGAGAGCCACACGUACCUUCGUCUUUGGAAGUAACUCUCGAGCCAAUAAUGAAGAAGCCACGCUUGGAGAUGAAAGAGCACCGAGACACCGAUUCGGCUAGUAUUGUCGCGAUUCGUGAGAGCGCGCUUUUGCCGCCACCGCCUUCUCGACCGCCCUCCAGACCACCCUCGAGGCCACCCUCGUCUCACCGCGAGGUCAUCAAUCCACCUCCAUACCCUACUCGCUCGGCCACACCAAAAAUUGCUGCCACCAUAGAACCGGUAUUCGAAGCCAUGGAUGUAAGCAUCAGGUCGUCUAUGACAACUCCCACGCCGAGUCCAAGCUUGAGUGCAGCCUCGACGCCGACAUCAACGGCAGCGCCGACGCCGCUAAUCGUGCCGUCGCCCACGACCAGUCAACCAGCUACAAGAUCGCCAGUGCUGUCCCCGACCCCGUCAGCGCCCUCGACGCCUGUGAAGCGACCAAGUCCCGCACCCAGUCCUACGCUCAACCUCUCUACUGGUAGUAAAGAGAUGACCGAGCCCGGUGCCCUACCAUCCCUGUCAGUGCCGAUUGAGGAGGUCCACGGCCAUUUGGCCCAGCAGUUGUCCAGUAGUGGCAGCAGCUCAAGUGGUUCCAAGUCUGGCAGUGAGGGUCAGGGUAAGGCCUCGAAUGCCGGCGAAACGGAGCCCACCGAGGACAAUAAGGGGGGGCCAAAGAGCAAAAAGUCAAGGGGUGCCAAGCGCUUGAACCUGGAACCUCCUGUGGAAAGAAAGAACCUGCGCUCAAGCGCGGGCAGACAAGCCAGAGCAGCUGCGGAGCGACAAGCGCGGAGCCUGAUGGAAGGCGAACAGCAGCAAGCCGAGCAACAGGAAAGUCAUGCUUCGUUGGAGUAAAACUGAUCCGCUCAUCGAAUGUGACAAUCUCUGAUCUAACAUUUUUUUUUUUAAAGUGAUCCACCGAGACAGGAUUUGAGAGACUUUGAUAAAUAAUAAUAGUAAUAGUAACGAUAGUAAUAAUCAUAAAAAUAAUGAAAUAAU